AUGAUACUGGCUCGGCUAGACGCUAUCUUUCGACCUAUACCAAUGAAUUCACGAACAUUGCAGUGCUACGAUAAAGUCAACAUCUUUACUGGUAUUCUCAAUUUUCAUCUUGCUCCAAAAACAUUCGACGUAAAAGAUAUUGAGAUGAAUUUAAAUUUAAUCGAGUGUAAUCGUUCACUUGUUGAACGUCUUCUGAAUUUACCAUCACUAAGCGACAUGAUUCGAAAAUUCAAAGAACACGAAGCAAACUCAUCUCAACAACUUAAUAUGAUUAAUCCCAAAGUCCUUAUGCCAUUCACUACCAUCUGCAUUCAAUGCCACAAAAAUUUAACUGAUUAUAGAUUUGCUUACUCUACUCGAAUACUUCACAUCGAUCGAAUCGAGGAUGCGUCUGUUAUACAUGCACAAUACUAUCGUAUUGUUAAUGAAGAAUCUCUCAAUCAUUCCGACUGCAUUCAUUUUUCCGGUGAUUUGGCAUAUUCUAAAGUUCUACUCCAUUGGCGUUCAUCUCUUCUCAUAGAUGAUGAUUCCACAUUCACAGGCUUUUCUCGUUCAAUCAUUAACACAUUAUAUGAACUUUAUCCACCUUCUGCCAAUUUUAUUACUCCAAAUGCUUUAUCACAACGAUUUGAAGUGGUUUAUAUGUUAUGGGAGUUAGCCAGGUUUGAGUUGAUGAUAGGCAAUGAAAAACAAGUUUUCUUACCAUUGUCACUAACAUCGACAUCGAGAGCAAGUUUCUUAGAAGGAUUUUAUGAUUAUUACUAUUCAUUAUUUGUACUAUUUUGGUCACGGCAUCAACAUAUUUCUAAUAUUAAAUGCAAAAGUGAAAUAUGUUCAAAAGUGGCACUGUGUGAUGGACACCAAAAAUGUGGUCGCAUUGUAUGCUCUUAUUCAGAUAUAGUGGAUACUUCGAUUGCCGAGACCGGCCCAAUCAACAUUGGUUGUCCAUACGCACCAAUGCGUCGUCAUUAUCCAUUGUAUUGCCCAACCCAUCAGUCGUUUGCCAACAUGGCUUCUUUUCAACAGUCGAGUGCAUCAUAUAAACUAGCCCGUGAACUAGAUGAAGAAGACCACAAUUUUCUUGAUCAAAAGACGCAGUGCAAUGUUUAUCGUGAUGAUUUAGAAGAUAUUCACAAGAAUAAAGGUUAUGGUGUUCAAGUUACAUUUCUUUCAUGCCAAAUAGUAAUAGGAUUUGAUGAGUGUAUUCGAGCAGAAGGCAUGCGGCGGGCCACACGACACUUUCUUCUACUACUUGUUUAUCGAGGUUUAGCACUCGGAUUAAAAAUCAAUAUUGGUACAACAUCAAGUAUUUGGUGUAAAUUGCGAUUUUUUUUAUUGCAAGCCAUACCAUUAAUAUCAAUGUCAUGCAUGUGUCUAACCAUAAUUGAUAGGUAUUUUUUAUCAGCGCCGACCGCAUAUCGACGUCAGUUUAGCUCGAAAACAUUUGCACGUCGUUCAAUAUUAAUUAUUACUAUAAUCUGGCUGUUGCACGGCAUACCGUUACUAUUUUAUUACGAUGUUUAUGUGGUAAGUGGUCAAUACAUUUUUCCAUUCGGAGCAAGAAGUUUAUACGGACUAAUAACUGCUAAUGAUCAGAAGGAUGGGUUGAGAUCAGCAUGGGAAACGUUCAGUUCAAAUGUUACACAGCUGGCAUGGUAUAUCAAUUAUGUAUGUGGAUUCUAUGUGUUUAUUCUCUCAUCAAAGAUGUUUCGAUUGGAAGUCAUACGUGUAUUGAAAAGAAUCGUGUAUAAUAAUAAUAAUAAUAAUAAUAGUACUGGAAUUCGUAAUCGAACACAAAAUACUCCAAUAGAGUUACGUUAA